AAAAAAGUGAAAUAAGAAGAAGACAAACAGUAGGGGGCAGCAAUGCGUCGGCAGGUGUUUCAUAGCCAAAGAAAACGGAAGGAAGAAGGCUAGCGUUCAAUUCCCUCAGGCUAACGAUGGCCGACAUGCAUAGCGAUAGUUCCUGUUUCAGAGUUGUGCAUACGAGUUUAGGAUCAAACUAUUAAUAACAAAUCAAGUCACAGUCGUUGUCAACUAGCAAGGGAAAUGUGGACAUCUAGACGACGCUUUGGUGACAACAAUGUUUAUGCCUGGUACCACUCUUUUCAGCGCAGUGACAAUCGGCUCUGUCCAAAAGCCGAAACCAAUGAGCUCAUCUGACUGUGAUACAGCCAAUCUCUGUCAAAUGGGUGUAAAACAGUACGCCUGGCAGAUGUAACCCGAACCAUUCCCAUGAUGCUGCAGGGGCCGUAUGGUGGCCUGGAUAAGGACAAGCCACUCAUCCGGCUUCCAUUCACAUAUUUUGCGGUUGGCACAGUGUUGCUGGCUCUGACCGGUUUGUUAGCCUGCCUGGCCUUAUCACUACUGUACCACUUUGAGGAAUCAACCUAUACACACUGUCAUGUACCAAACUACCUCCCGUCCAUCAGCGCGUCCAUCAGCCUGGUGCCGGAGCGCUACAUCUGGCGCUGCUGCAUCGGCCUCCACUCGGCGCCGCGCUACCUGGUGGCCCUCGCCUACUUCAGCUUCUACUGGGGGCGCUUUGCGAGGAGGCGGCUGGAGCUGCUGCUCAGUGGCCUGGCGCUGCUCUGCGGCCUGGCGGAGAACACGGGCCUGCUGUUGCUCACCUACGUGGCCUCCACCGAGACCUACAGUGUCCAUAAAAACGGCUUCAUCGUGUUCAUCGCCAGCUCUCAGCUGCACAUGCUCAUCACUUGCUGGCUGUGGCAGGUCAUCAAGAGACACUGCAUUCACCCAGAGGAAGUGACGUCGUACCGAUGGAAAUUGCGCAUCUUCAUGUUCAAUAUCAGCUGUUGCAUCGCUGCUGUGUACUUCUUCAACCGCCACAACAAGUACUGUGAAUCUGGAAUCUACACCCUGUUUGCACUUUGUGAGUACAUGGUGGUCCUCUCCAACAUGGCCUUCCAUAUGACCGCCUUCUUGGACUUUGGGAGCAAGGAGGUGAUGGUGGCCACGCGUCCUGAGGACAAGCGAUACUGAACCGGACAGUGCUCCACCCACCACCACCCCCACAGUGCCUCAAGAAAACCUUGACGGACACUAACGUCUUGGGCUAGAGCAGGCCAGGGGGACGGUGGUUCUCGGGGUGACUGGGAGGCUGCUGUUGAUGCGCGAUGAUGAUCAUUGACAUUUCUGAACAUAAGGUUUUUAGUUCUCUACCACGCGCCGUAGUCUGCUUAAGAACAUGCAAAUCUGACCAGAUGGGUUCUUUGUGGACGUUCACGCGUAUACAUUUACCAAAUAGCACAUGCAUACAUUUUGUUUGUGACUGCAGAAAUAGACUGUGUUGCGGUAGUGCCUUGCCCGAGGGCUCUAUACACUCAGACUAGUAUUUCCCCAAGGGAAAAUGCUGUCUGAUGAAAUGUGGCAACAAAGGGCUGAUGUGUCAUUUUCAACAGCUGGUUUAAAACCCCCUGCUCAUCAACAGUUUUUUUUUUUAGCUUAAGUGACGGUCUAUCCAGUCGCACAGAGGAAGUAAUAGAGGUUAAUGGAAAGAUGGGAAGCUAAUUUGCUGUCAUGCACAAACUGCUCACACACGGCCAAGCGAGGUCACAUGCUACCCGGCGCUCUCCUGACUGUGCAGGAACGUCACUCGCACCGGCUGUGAACUCAGCACUUCGUUCUCGGUCAGAGCCACGUUCGGACAUUCUGAGAGCAUCGACUGACUGGCCACAGGAUUGGUCAUAACAUUUCAAUGUUCGGCCUUGCCGUGGUCGAAAUGAACGUUAAGCGCACGCGCGCACACAUAAACACACAUUCCACUCUUUUGUAUAGUGGUCAACAUGUUGGAAUGAUGUUAAAGUUGGGCUCCUGAAUAAGUAUCUAUCCAAAGGACGAUGUUAAAUAUUCUAGAUCUUGAAUCAAAUUAUACCUAAUAAAUGCAUAACCAAUAGGGCUGGGUAAAAAUAUCAGUUCAUCAAUGCACUGCAAUUUAAUUUGUUCUCGAUUCAGAUUUUUUUUUUUAAUAGAUUAUUUCCAUAAAAACAAAACAAAAACAUACUCAGUCAUUGUAAUCUAGAAGCCAGUAUGUCUAAAUGUACAUGCCCAUUUACAUUUGUCCAUGUCAUGAUAGGCCUAUAUACCUGACAGCAGUAUGAUAGGAGGUGAGCAGCAUGUAAGAAGGUCUGUGUAUUGACUUCAGAUAUGGAUUUGUUCACGUGUUUGAGGGGAACUUCAACAAGUUACUUCAGAUUUAUCUUGAAUUGGCUGUAUCUUCACACAUAAACACAUUCUAAAUGCAAAACAUAACUUCUUUAUUUAAAUGGUACCACCCAUUUAAUUUUCAUCCUCAUGAUUUUGGAACCCAGACUUUGGUUCCAUGAGCCAAACCUUUCAGCUCUACAGUCGUCUGAUUCCACUCUGUCCAUCAGUGGCAUGAAGAGCUGUUGUACCUGUUCUGCUCUGUUCUGCUGCCGUAGGCCUUAUGAAGGCGACUCUCCCUGGUCUGGUUAAGAUGGGGCAUUUUACGCUGCAAGUUUAGCUCAGGAACAAUACUAUACAAUGGUGUAUUCCCUUUCUUCUAGUUAAAGCACAAUGAAAUGGUUAAUUCAUUUUGAAAUGGUUAAUUCUAAAUAUUUAGGUAUUUUUGUCAUCUUUACUUGUUAUUGAAUCGGCAUCGAAGCAAUUGGAUCACUAUCGAAUCUAAUCGAUAUCGAAUCGAAUCAAGACCUAAAGAAUUGAAUUGAAUUGUGAAUACCCAGCCCUAAUAACCAAGUAUAUUCAAGGUCAGUGGUGUCUAGGGCCAAAACAUAACGAUAAGCUACCAAAAUGUGAGCAUAAAAUGUAUUAUCGUUUAGUGACUGACGGCUUUCUAUAUUUGUUAUCUUUCAGAAUGGAAAUGUAAAGGAGCUAAUUUUUACAUGCCAACGUUGUAAUCAAGAGAUUUUCUACAAGCUAGGACUUUGUUAAAAAUGAAACUGAUGUGUUUUCUAGAUGCAAAGCUUUGAUUCCAUCAGUAUAUUUGGGUAAAAAAAUGUUUUUGGGCAUUGGGUGUCAUCAAAGCUAUUAUAGUACAGCACCAUGUUUGUACAUCCUACAUACAGACACUCUGACCAGUGGGGCUUUCCCCUUCUUUUCAGUCUUUUCUUAACGUAUGAAGUAAUGUUCAGAUGUGAUGUUGAUGUGUUUUUAAGUUGUGUCCCUUAAGGAUGGAUUCCUUUGUGGAAACUACGUUUCCCAGUUCAACUCCUUUUUACAGGGAGAAGGUCGUUUUGGACAGUGGAUCAAUAAGUGUUUGGUGCAGUUUGUUUGACUUUCAUACGACUCUACCUUACAUUUAAAACACACUUGAGAACUGAAUUACGAUAUUUAACCAGACUAUCCGGUUGCACCAUCAUAUGCACUGUAUUGUAAACAUAUCAAAGCAAAUAAAGCCUAUUUUGUUGGAGGACCAUUCAGUAAAAGCAAAGGCUUUAUAUGGUAUAAUACUAUUUUUAUUUGUGUAAGCCUCAUCAGAAAACACAUUUCUAUACACCCUGGUAACGGGUUUAAGUUGAGUUGAUUAGGUAUACCUAGGUACCCAGUGCAAGCUCAAAGGCUAGAUCAUUCUUGAUUUGCUGUGCCAUAAUGGUUUUUGCUGUGGGACUGAACAUUCUCCGGCUGUAUCAAUGAGCUACAUUGUAAAUUAACCCCUGACUAAGGUGCCUUCUUAACCUACUGUGCAGGUAUACAAUACAUUUAGCUGCAAUUUUAGCCCCCAAUCCUAUUGGUUUAUAAUAUUAGAAAUGCAAAUAGUUAUGUAAAUAUUUUAUUCAGAUGAUGGCUUAAUAUCAUAGUAAUUCGUCAAGUCAUGAUACUAUGAUGAAAUAGGCAAAUGUUUGUGUUGUGCUGGCUGCUCUAAGGCCUGCCCCUAUGUUUGAUUCUGAAAUCGCUGACGCGGGGAAGGACUGAGGAUUGCCAUACUCGAAACCAAAGGGAUGCAAUAUUAUUCCAUUGAUGUAUUAACAGCAUGAACAAGUAUUUGAGAUAUGAUGCACAUACUGUAACCUCUAUGCCUUUUGAAAAGCUUUGCAAAUACCACAGGUAGUAAAUGGCAGGUUUGGACAAAUGUUGUGGAAUGUACCUACCUAAUGUGUGCCUUAUACUAUAUGUUUGUGGGGAGUGUGUGUGCUUUUUUCUUAAGGUAGCCUGUUUUACAUACUUGUGAUGGGUUUGAAAGGGUUUGCAUUUUCCAAGUCGCUUGUAGGAGAAUAUUUUUUCUAUAUUGCCUGUUCUAGUAGGUGUGUGAACUUAGAUCAAUUGGUAUUGCAAAAGGACGUGAGUCACACUUUGAAGAAUACUCAUGGUCUCGAGUUCCCCUUUGCCAGCUUCUCUAACAUCCUCUUCUACAUAAUUUGUUUAUCCACACAGAAUUCAGUCCCUUUUUAACAUUAUGUGGUUCAUGUUAUUCUAUUCUGCCCUCAAAGCAUUUGGUCUGAAGCUUGACAGCAGAAAUAAAACAUUUCAUUCAAAUUAUUAAACCCCCAAAUUAACUUUGUUUAACUUCAAAUCAAUGUUAUGGGCUUGUUUGGUCUAGUCUGACAAAGGUUGGAAACCAGGCCAACCGCAAAAAUGAAAAUCCAUCAUCUAACAAAUAAAUAAAAUCUUUUUUAUUAAUAUUAUUUGGUCAUAAUAUUGCAUUAAAAAAAUGCAAACCACCUUAACACAACAGUUCUUUAUGUUAGUAUAAUUUCAAGUUUUUCUUAGACAUUUGGUCAUUUAGAAAAAGGUCCCUGGUUAGACCUCAACUGGACAAUUUCAGGAAAUAGAGUUUGGCUUAUUCUAAGGUAUUUCAGAAAAAUCCCCAUUGCAACACAAUAUCCUCUUGUGAUAUGGCAGACACAGGACAAUGUGUGCCUUCUUAUUUAAUUGCACAGGAAUGAACAGAACAUUUGCACAAAAACCAACAAUAUUCAAUCACAACAAGUAAUAAAAAAAAUAAAACAGGACAUAAAUUACAGCUUGAUAAAUAUUCGAAAUAAAGGACAUUCACUGAAGACAUCCCACAAGGUGAGGCCCGGGGAAAAGGAAAUUGAGAUUUGUUAUGCAUAGGGAAAAUGCUAACAUGAAUAAUAUUUACUGCAAUCUCUGUCUGUCUGUCUGUCCUAGCAUUGUUGCAUGGAGUUUGUUACCCUUGUGGGGAAGUUACUAGCCUGAUCAACGUUUUGUUUGAACCCGAUCCUAAGACACUAAAAAUAAACAUGAACCUUAAUCUGAAAAUAGAAUAUGAAUUUGAUUACGAUUACAUUUAAUGUUUUUAGGUAGAUUAAGAAUGUAUCACUUUUGUUACAGGGAUAUUGAGAUGAUGACAAGCAGAAUUCACAAAAUGUAGCUUCUUAUAACAAUAAAAAAAACAUCAAAACGUUAUGGCAGCCAUGUUGCCACGAAUAGACCAGUUCCUACCGUUCUAAUUGUGUGUUCCAGAAUGUCUCAUCCCCUGACAGGAAAUGAGGGAGAGGAGGAAGUGGCUCCCUGCCUCGUCAAAGGAAACUCCAGAAGGAGGACUUCCUGGAACGCAGACUCUUAGGGGUAAACAGUAGCACUGCAUAUGCAUCCACUUGCGUAGCUGGCUGCAAAGUAGGCUGAAACAGGAACUCAUACACUGGUCUCAAUUAUGUACAAAGAUAGAGUAAGCAAUUAAUUCUUUACGGGUGUCUGUGAUAUGAAUGGAAUUGGCUAUCUUUAAAAUAAU